AUGAACAGCCCGUUGAAGCGCAGAAAGAAGAAUGAUGGGUCAGGAAAGCCGGUUCGUAGCUUAGACUACUUCUUCGCGAAGCAAGCGGCAAAAGCGACAACCAAGGAUGCGCCUACGGAUCCUACGUCCAGUGGAGCGCCUGCAGAGCAAGAUGACUCGGGAUUGACAGACGAAGAACUUGCCCGCAAACUCCAGGAACAAUGGGACAAGGAGGAUCGCGAAAGGGGUCAGAAUGUGGUGCCUGGAAGCUCAGAUGAGUUGUAUGAAGAGCCGGAGAAGCGUACCACGAAUAUGGCGGCGAAUGAAGGUUCAGGCAAUGCAAAGAAAUCUGAAUCACCAGCCUGUGAUGUUGUUAUGGAGAAAACACCCGAACUUGCACCUGCGCCAAAGAACAAUACUCUCACGCUACAAUCAACCGCAUCCGAAGAAGAUACAAUAACCGCAAAUAUACCCUUCGACCAAAGCCCGCUUGAAUUUAAUCCUGCGGAAUACAUACCUGACUUGAAAAAGCAUUGGGUAGCCGAUGGAGGUCACGCGACCUAUGCUCUUCUGACAAGAUGCUUCAUUCUAAUCAAUAGCACCACGAGUCGCAUCAAAAUUGUAGAUACUCUUGUCAACCUACUACGAACAAUCAUCGAGAGCGACCCAAGCAGCCUACUCCCGGCUGUCUGGCUUUCCACGAACGCGAUAUCGCCACCGUACAUUGAUCUUGAACUAGGACUUGGAGGGUCCGCAAUCUCCAAGGCGUUGAAGAAGGUGUGCGGAUUAGACAACGCAAGCUUAAAGGCAUUGAGCAGCAAGCACGGAGACGCUGGUGAUGUGGCAUUCGAAGCAAAGAAGAAGCAGUCAUUUACCCUCCGCAAACCAAAACCCUUGACCAUCAAGAGCGUUUUCGACUCGUUGGUCAAGAUUGCAAAUAGCAAGGGAAAUGGCAGUGUUGAGAAUAAACAGAGAAUCGUCGAGAGACUCGUUCAAGAUGCGAGAGGUGCGGAAGAAAGUCGUUACGUCGUACGAACCUUGGUGCAGCAUCUGCGCAUAGGCGCCGUCAAGACCACGAUGCUCAUUGCAUUAUCGCGAGCGUUCAUGUUGUCGAAGCCUCCGGGAGCUGAGUUCGAGACACGUGACCGAAAAGACAUGGCGAAAAUGAAGAAAGAGGAGCUGGUCGAAAUUUACAGCAGGAACGAGGAAAUCGUCAAAGCAUGCUUUGCCCGGAGACCAAGCUACAACGACCUUAUACCCGUACUUCUCGAGAUCGGUAUCUGCGACGAGCUGCUCGUGCGUUGCGGCCUGGCCCUUCACAUUCCUCUUCGGCCCAUGUUGGGUAGCAUCACGCGUGACAUGGGUGAGAUGCUCACCAAACUGCAAAGUCGAGAUUUUGCUUGCGAAUACAAGUACGAUGGACAACGAGCACAGGUGCAUUGCGAUGCAAAGGGCAAAGUCACAAUCUUUUCGCGACACCUCGAAGUCAUGACGGACAAGUACCCCGACUUGGUGGCGCUCGUACCCAAGAUACGAGGCGAAGGCGUGUCGAGCUUUAUCCUCGAAGGUGAAGUGGUAGCCGUUGAUCGAGAGAGUGGUGACCUCAAGCCAUUCCAGACACUAGCCAACCGCGCGAGAAAAGAUGUAGUCAUCGGAGCAGUAACGGUUGAUGUCUGUCUCUUCGCAUUUGAUCUCAUGUACCUCAACGGCGAGGAACUUCUCAACCGACCCUUCAGAGAGCGAAGGUCGCUACUUCGAAGCCUGUUUGUUGAAAUCCCUCAUCACUUCACCUGGGUCAAAAGCCUCGACGCCACAUCCGCCGAUGUAGAAGCCGUCCAGUCCUUCUUCCAAGGCGCCCUAGACAUCAAAUGUGAAGGGAUAAUGGUCAAAGUCCUCGACAACCUCCCCAACCCGGAUCUCCUCACCGAAAUAGAUGAACUCGGCCUCGAAAAGACAUCCUCGCUGCCCCCUACACCGAAGAAAAAGAAACCCACCAAGUCAAAAGCAAAAGGAAAAUCCACAGAGGCUGAAACAGACGAGCCCAAAGCCUCGGGCCGCCGCAAAGCCUUGCUAUCAACAUAUGAGCCCGAUAAACGCCUCGACUCAUGGCUCAAGGUAAAGAAAGACUACAGCACCACUUCGGAAACCCUCGACCUAAUACCCAUUGCGGCAUUUCACGGGUCAGGCCGAAAAGCGGCAUGGUGGUCCCCGAUCCUCCUCGCCAUUCGCAACGCAGAAACCGGCCAGCUCGAGGCAGUCACAAAGUGCAUGUCUGGCUUCACAGACGCCUUUUACAAAGCCAACCGCGCCAAGUACGAUCCCGGUGAUGCUGACUCGACUACCGUGUUACCCGGCAAGCCACACUAUGUGGAGUAUAAUGGUGGGGCGGGCACGCCGGCCGUGUGGUUUGAGCCACAGGAGGUAUGGGAGGUGGCUUUUGCGGAUCUGACGCUCAGUCCUACGUACACGGCUGCGAUUGGGCUGGUGAGCGAUGAGCGUGGGCUGAGUACGAGGUUUCCGCGGUUCCUGCGGGUGAGGGAAGAUAAGAGUAUUGAGGAGGCGACGGAGGCGGAGGAGUUGGCGACUUUGUAUAGGAAGCAGGAGGCCAAGGCGCCAAAGAAGGACAAUGAUGGUGGUAGAGCAAGAGAGGUGGAGGAUGAGGAUAUGGAUUAG